CUGGGGCUGCAUUCUAAUGUGGCCCAUCUUUAUCAAGGUGCCACUCCACUUCCAGAUUCUGCUUAUUUAUGAUGAUCUCUGAGGGGGGAGCCUGCUGGAGGCAUGUGUCUGUAGGGCAUCACUGAAACCCUUGUGUCCGGAGGGCUCGACCCAGACUUCAGACAUGGAGCUACCUCAUGCCAAGCUGUGGAUGAAGGCAGAACUGUCCAUGGCUUAGUAACUUUGACAGAGUUUGUGGACCUAAAUAAUCGCAGAGUCGUGUGUGGGGCCCAGAUCUAGACAUCGCUUUCGGCUGGCUGAUCUCUCGCUCCGGUCUGCAGAGGUCUCGGAUUUUUCUGGAUGUGUUCCUGAUCGCCUUCCAUGGAUCCGAACAUCCAGGGCUCUUUCCUCUUCAACAACAGCCUGAACCAGUUCCCCUCAGACCUGAAGGCGCCGGUGUGCCAGUACUCCGUGCCCAACUCUUUCUACAAGCUCAACCCGGGCCUGAACGCCCAGCUGCAGCCGGGGACGCCCCACGGCAUCAGCGACAUCCUGAGCCGCUCCGUGGUAGGCGUGGGUUCCGCGGGCACCGCCACCCUGCUGUCCGGGUACCCCCCCAUGGGAGGCUUCGGCCCCUCCGUGACCGGCACGUCCACGUACUACAACCGGGACUACAACGCCUCGCUGGGCGGCUUCGCCAAGACGGCCGCAGAGUGCCCGAUGAAGGGUCGCGGUGUGAGCUGCUGGGCAGAGAGCAGCUGUGAGUGGAGAGGAGGGAGGCAGCAGUGCGCCAACGGCAAUGGUCCUUUUGGGGAAAUGUCCAGCAGGAAGAAACACACCAGACCAACGUUCAGCGGACAUCAGAUAUUUGCUCUGGAGAAAACCUUCGAGCAGACCAAGUAUUUGGCCGGGCCGGAGAGAGCCAGGCUGGCCUAUUCUCUGGGGAUGACCGAAUCCCAAGUAAAGGUGUGGUUUCAAAACCGACGCACCAAGUGGAGGAAGAAGAGCGCCUCGGAACCGAGCUCCACGCAGGCGAGCCACGCGGGGCAGAACGGCGAGGCCUCCGAGAACGAGGUGGAGGACGAGGAGUACAACAAGCCUCUGGACCCGGACUCUGAUGAUGAUAAGAUCCGACUGCUGCUGCGCAAACACCGCAGGGCCUUCUCGGUCCUGCGUCUGGGGCCGCACCCUGUCUGACACGUUCAACUCACACAUUCAACACACGUUUAACACACACACACACGUGCUACUCUGCAGACCUGCAUGCUGAGAUUAAAAAAACAAACAAAAAAAACUUUUAGUUGGAUUACAAAAGCUCAUCUGUAAGCAUGUGUGUCUGAGAUCCACCAGAGGAAAACUAAAAGGACCUUCUGUAAAAUUAAAAUGUUAAAUAAUAAUAAUAAUGAAAUCUGUCUGGUCUGUUACACUAUCACAUUGAAAACAAUUUCUUGCACACAAUUCUGUAAGCACCUGUAGAAAAACAAAUAUAAAACUGAUAGAUGAAAACUAAUUGCAGUCUUUUUAUUACCAAACAGAUUGUAAAAGAAUAGUAGGAUUAAAAGAAAAUAUGCCUUUGAAACAAAAUGUCACACUUUAAUAGAAAAAAAUAAGAGUUAAGUAAUUUAUAGGUAAAACAAAAUCAACAGUCUUUACAUUACAUGCAUGAAAUAAGUUACCGUGAGUGUCUUGUUUCAUCACAGACCUAAAUUCUAAAAUACAGUUGUUGUUUUUUUAGAUAAAAAUAUGGGAAAAUGUACAGAAUAAAUAAACUGAUGAAUUGAAUGUCUAACAAGGGCGUCAGUUCAAAUUUUAACCAACAGAUUUGUUUGCAUUUUGUUUUGUUUUUAAAUAAACUAUUAAAAAAUACAUUUGAUUGUAAGCUGCAAAAUAAAAUGUCUCUUUAUCAAACCGUAUGAUUCUUUUUACUUUUUAAAUUCAAAGAAAUAAAAGAUUCAGUUUCCAAAUAUCUUCUGGCGACUGAGUUAUAAAAGCAAGCGGUGAGUGUGAGGGGUCAGUGGUCAAAUUGUGAUUUACUGAUGUGGUUUGUAAGACAACGACCCGUAACCCAGCUGAAUAGGUGGUUUUUUCCUCUUCAGCCAACAGAAAAUGUUUACAACAAAAAGAAGCUGAGGAAUGCUGCAGGGACAGUUUGAAACAUUACUAUAGACAAUCCUAAAUAAACAAUGUGGAGGACGUUAUGUGUUAGUCACUGCUGCUCUGCAAAUAUGUGCUAAGAUUUGAGUUUCAGUCCCUUUGCUUUGUUUUCUGGGGAUUUCUGAGCCGUGAAUCUGGGUCAAAUUGUUAAAUAACGAACGAACCACUUCUGUGAAUUUUGGUGAGUUUCA